AUGGAUGAGCUUCCGAAACUUAAUGUUUUGAAUAUGGUGUUUCCUAUAGGUGUGGAUUUUUCUUAUGUUGGUCUGAUUCCCAGUGCCAUGCUUGAUAAAAUAGACAAGCCUUCAAUUAUUGAUGAGGAGGAAGUACAUGAAGAAGGAGAUGAGACAACCAUUAGUGAUGUUUGCAUUAAAGAUGAUAUUGCGAAGUCUUUCGAAAUUCCAAAGAAUUCUGAGCAACCACAGUCUGCUAAGAUUCUGAUGGCUACUAACACUAUGAAGGUCUCAGAGAAUCCCAAGGUAUCUUCUGUUCCGACGAUUACUACUAUUUCUAUCCCUACCCAUACCCAAGAAUAUAUUUUUCAUUUUGUUCUUUCUCAACUGAUUGUUAAUCUCUCUCAAUCAUGUAAUCCUCUUAUCACCACUCAACCCUUCAUUGCUUCAUCACCACAUUCAACUUUGAUCAUAACUCCAUCAACUACACCUCCAGCUACUAUAAUAACUACAACUACUUUAGUUGUUAGUUGA